AUGGAUUCUCACUUGAGAGGCACCUUGCUGAUGAUACUCAUCGUCCUCUCCCUGCUGCCACACCUCACCUGCAACAUGUCCUGCCCCAGCAGCUGCCUCUGUUACGCUACAGGUGCUGUCAUGUGUAUUGGUUACAACAUCACAGACGUACCGAGGGAUUUGCCUAUUCACACAUACAUGCUGCUGCUCAAUGACACAAACAUGAACGUCAUAAAUGAGCGAAGCCUGGAAAACCGGGACCUACUGUUGCGCAUUAGUCUAUCUAACAGUCAUCUACACACCAUCCAUCCCCAGGCCUUCCGAGUCGCUCCACAGCUCAAGUCUGUCAAGCUGUCGUCCAAUGAUCUCUCUACCCUUCCUGCUCGAGUUUUCAGUCCACUGAGCACUCUGGAGCAACUCCAUUUAGAUGGGAACCAGUUGGAGACCAUUGCUCCGGAUAUGUUCGAAGGACUUGUGGAGAUUUUGGAUCUGGACCUGAGCCGUAACAAACUGACUAGUCCUGCUUCAGAUGUUUUCAGUGGACUGACCAGCCUCACCUUUCUGAACCUUGGUAGGAACUCCAUAAAAAAAUUCCCUCCUACCAUCUUUCACUCCUUGACUAAACUUCGCCAGCUCGUGAUCUAUAACAACGAGCUAGAGGACUUGGAAGAUGGGAUCUUUGAUGGACUUGUCAACCUUGAGGAGCUAAAAAUCCACCAUAACCAGAUUUCAAGUCUUCCACCUCAGGUGUUCUGGUCACUGAGGAACCUAGAGGUCCUAACUCUGUCCUCCAACCAACUUCACGCUAUCCCAGACAAGAGCUUCUACAACAUGCCCAAGAUGACCAAACUUACCAUUUACAACAACCCCUUAUUAUCUCUACCAGAGCAGCUGAUGGGCCACAUGCCUGACAUAAGAGAGUUUUAUCUGUAUGGCACUAACCUCACCACUGUUCCUGGAAAUUUGUUUACUAAUAUGUCGGGGCUGCUGAGGCUCAACUUACAUUUUAACCACAAGCUGAGGGAGUUGCCAUCAAACCUCUUCUGCUGCCUUCCCAACCUUCAGAAGCUCUCGCUGAAAUCCAAUGACCUCUAUCAACUCCACCCACAUCUGUUUUCCAGACUAACCACACUGGCCAUAUUACUUCUCAAUGACAAUAAGCUUCAGAGCCUCCCAGACAAAUUAUUUCAGGGACUUGGAAGGCUUUUUACAAUUGAUUUGAUGAAAAACGAUCUCAUGACUCUUCCAGGAGAUAUUUUCUCAUCAAAUGGAGCUUUGGGGAGUCUUACUCUGAGUGAAAACCCUUGGGACUGUACUUGUAGUAUCAGAGGUAUUGCUCGAUGGAUAAGACUUAAUAACCACACAGUUCUUGACAAAGAAAAUGUGAUGUGCCAUAGUCCACAGCACCAUCUGCUUCUCACUCUUGACUCUCUGCGUGAUGAGGAGUUCAACUAUUGCGAUGCCACACCCAGCGCAGAAACAUCAGCUGUAAUGUCAAUGACGACACCAUCUACAACAACAACGUCACCCACUCCAAGAGCAACCCAACCAAUUACCAUCCCCAGGACCACACCACCAACAGCACAUACCAAGACCCUAUCGACAUCCCUCCACACUCCCACCACUGUCCAACCUGAUAAAACGUUUCUUUUCACUGCUGAGAUUCCCUUGGCUUCUAACAUAUCACCUUAUUUCUACAACAAAUUAGUGGUUGAACAGGGGCCUGAGUUUGUUCACCACAGCUAUCACAAGGGUUGGGUGUAUGUGUGGUUUCUGCCCUCAGAUACGAGCCUGACUGUGUUCUUCAUGUUUUGUCACAUCCUCCUUGUGGCCACAGGCUUGCUCCUCAUUUUAGCUGCCAUAUAUGCUCAGCUACCCGAGGAACGACUCACGCUUGCCAACCUUAAGCUGCAGAACUUUAAAUGGAUUUCUGUGGAGAAGUGGGUCAUUGAGUUGGCACAGUGUUGUCCUCGGAGGCUUCUGUGCCAUUACAAACAUUUCUAUUCUCUGAAACCAGAAGACCUGACUGAUUUCUCUAACGCCCUUGGCAUCUUUGUGAUUAAAGACACUGUUUUAAGGGAAGUGCGCCCUGGCACAUUUGACUCCACUCCAAACAUAGGUGCCUUAGGUUUUAUUGGCACCGAAUUUCAAGAUCUACCAGCAGCCUUGUUCCAAAAUCUUAAGAAGCUUGAGUCGCUGAAUCUCAAGAGUAACAAGCUCCUGGUUCUCCGCCCAGACUGGUUCUUACCAUUGACUGAUCUGAAAGUCCUUGACCUCAGUAAGAAUCUUUUCACCUCUGUACCUGUGGAAACUUUUCACCCUCUUACUUGGCUGCAGUACCUUUUGCUUGCUGGAAACAACAUUAGUCACCUAUCUAGAGAGACAUUCAAAGGUCUGUCUGAGCUGAAAACCUUACGACUCAACAAAAACUCGCUACAGGAAAUCCCCAGUGGCAGUCUGGAUGACCUUACAAACCUGGAGGAACUAUCCCUACAUGAUAAUCUAAUCACUCAUCUCCACCACGACCUGUUCUCCAAGACUCAGAAACUCCAGAAGCUGUUCCUUUCCAACAACAGGCUCACAUCUCUUCCACAGGGGAUCUUCUUAAACCUGCCCCUUCUCUCCCAGAUUUCCCUGUAUGAAAACCAUCUGGAAAGUCUUGGUCCAGGGGUGUUUGGUCCUAUGGCCUUGCAGCAGUUGUGGCUGUAUGACAACAGACUUAGUCGUGUGGAGGAUGACACAUUCAGGAACCUGACUCAGUUGCGUCUCCUGGUGCUGAGUCGCAACCAGAUUAGCUAUGUAUCCACUGUGGCCUUUAGAGGGUUGGAGCAGCUGGGAGAGGUUUCACUUCACACCAAUCAGCUCACCACCCUGCAAGCUGGGACUUUCCAAGGUCUCCCCAGCUUGGUCAACAUUUCUUUGGAGCACAAUUUCAUCAGCUCUCUCCCUGUGGGUUUCCUCCAAGGCCUGCGCCACCUUGGCGAGAUUGACCUGAAAAACAACUCCCUUCCCAACCUGCGACAGGAAAGUCUAGAUUCUCUCUCUUUGGCAAAGGAGAUACUUCUUCAGCAGAACCCCUGGAGGUGUGACAAGGAUAUUCUGCCGCUUAGGGACUGGCUAAGACAGAACCCAUCCAAGGCCAACCAGACCCUUGUAGUGUGUGAAACCCCCUUCGGUCUAAAUGGUGAGGUGAUUGCUCUGCUGUCAGAUGAGAACCUGAUGGCUCUCAGCUCUACUGAGCAGCCUGUUUUGACUUCAACAGAGAAAAGGAGGAAGCCCAACACCCCUCCAGCCAGACGAAGCACUUCUUCACCAGCAGUCAAGACCACGCUCCGCUCAGAGUAUGAGGAGGUCACCAGCGGUGGGCAAGGAGAAGGGGGAACAGUUUCUCAUGAAAAUUCAAUGAUCUUCAUUGUCAUUGCAAUCGUGUCCACUGUCAUCAUUAGCACUGUCAUCAUCAGCUGUGUGUGCUGGAGGAGAAACAAGAGAGGCCGGGGAAAUAUAGGCCGCAGAAAUAAAAACUCUAGAAUAAGCAUGGGAAGAGGAGAAAUCAUCAUUCUUUUUCUGUCUUUACUGUUUGACUCUGCAUUGACACAACACACAUGUGAAAAUAUGUCUGAAUGCCUCAAAGAGAACCAAUAUGUUUUUGGUAAAGAUAUAACAGAAAUUCCACCCAGUCUGAGAGAAGGUGUGAGAGAGGUUUACUUUUUGGAAAGCAGCAUCACGACAAUCUCCAAAGGAGCCUUUGCUAGCAACCCCCAGCUAGAGAAGGUGGAAUUCUUGAACACUCAAACAGAAAAUAUUGAACCAGGAGCUUUUGAAGGUUUGAUAGACAUCAAGCAUAUCGAGAUCUCCAACAAUCCAUUAACCUCAAUCCCAGUGGGAGUCUUUAAAGACCUCAGCAACCUGGAGAACCUUCUACUAAAAAGCAACAAGAUCCAUAGUCUGGAGAAAGGCCUGUUUGAUGGUCUUACAAAAUUAAAAGAGCUCCACUUACAUAUAAACGAGAUUGUCUCAAUUGAAGAUGGGACUUUUGAUGGUCUUGAGAACCUUAUGAGCCUCCAUUUAGCUAAAAACAAACUCUCAGAUGUGUCCGUUAACUUGUUCUCAGACCUAAACAAACUGGUCACACUACGGCUUUAUGACAAUUUUCUAACCUCCAUUCCUGAGGAACUUUUUCAUAAUUUGACAAAUUUGAAAGAAAUUGCCUUGAACGGGAACAAAAUAAGAGAAUUAUCACCAAAUCAAUUUCCACAUAAAGAAAGACUGAGUAAGCUGAUGUUGGACAAUAACCUUCUGACAAGUUUACCUCAAGAUUUUUUUGUUGGCUUCCCACAGCUUAAAUCGCUGACUCUACAUAAGAAUGAACUGAGUAGUCUACCGCCAGUGCUUUUUGGAGAAAUGCCUAAAUUGACUGACUUCAGCCUUAGUCAAAACAAUCUUAAAAGUCUUCCUAAACGCAUAUUCCACCCUCUGAAGAAACUGAAGAAGCUAAACCUGUCUAAAAAUCAGUUAGUCACUUUGUCUGCUGAGCACUUGGAAGGCCCAGAGAAGCUCACAGAACUGAAUCUCCUGAACAACACAAUAAUGUCACUGGAUGAAGAUGUGUUUGUAAAUCAGAAAUCACUGGGGAAACUUGAUCUACGUCACAACAACCUCCAGACACUUCCCGGGGAUAUUUUUGAGCCAUUAGAGAAACUCACAAAGCUUUACCUCAGUGACAACCCUUGGCACUGUGACUGUCAUCUGAUAGAUUUUCACCGCUGGAUAACGGCAAACGUACCCAAGAUUGAGUCAACAUUUGCUGUGGUUUGUGAGUAUCCAGACAACCUAAAAGGACAGGAAAUCAAAUCAGUGAUGGAGGAUCAAUUGAUUUGUCCCACCAUUGCCCUGACAACUACUCUGUUACCCACCACAACCACCACAACAAUACCGACUACAGAACCUAUAACCACUAUCCUCACUACUACAAAACUUCCACCUACAACACCUACCACUUUGCCAACCAUCACUACACCUCCCACAACCACCACCCCGACUAGACCUCCCACAACCACCACACCCACCACAACAACUCCCACCACUGCACCUCCCACAACCACCACACCCACCACUACACCUCCCACCACUGCACCUCCCACAAUCACUACAGCCACCACUACAAUUCCCACCACUGCACCUCCCACAACCACCACACCCACCACUACACCUCCCACCACUGCACCUCCCACAACCACCACAUCCACCACUACACUUCCAACCACAGAUCAAACCACCAUCAUCCUUACUACCAUAACACCAACAACCUCUACUCUGCCAACAACUACACCCACAACAGCUGUAGCCACACGCUCAACCAUUUUAACAACGUCACCUACCACCACUGUAAGAACUGCACCAAUGACUACGAUAGCAACAACUGCACCCACAACCAGUAUAACAACAGCUACAUCUGCAACAAUUAGACCCGCAACUACACCCACAGCAAUGACCACAGAGACACCCACAACCACCACCCUCAGGACUACCCAACCAACCACAGCCUGCAGAACGACGCCUACUCCACAGACCACUCCAGUGAUCUUCGCCUGUCCCAUUAAGCCAUCCACUAAGAAGCUGUCAUCUGCUUAUACAUAUCAGGACAGAUCAAAACUUCAGCAAUGCAAAUCUCAGAUGAUGUUCUACAUUGCACUGCUGGUGGUGCAGAUCACCUGCACACUGGUGUUGGCAAAGGUUGCCAUUUCUCUUUACUGCCUGAUGCAGAGCCGGGAGAGGCUGUCCAACAGGGUGAAACUAACUCGCUACUCCCACAGGAGAGAAGUUGUCCUUAAGCCUCUACAAGAGACAGAGACCCAAAGACUUUAAAUAAUUAUGGCAAGGUUCAUAGGGUUAAUAACCAAGACCUUUAUGUGCUGGUAAGCAAUCAUGUGACCUGUCAAAGGAUCCUUCAGUGAGAUUUUGAACUUCUAUUUGCUCAGAUAAUGCCAAACAUAGUAUGAGAGAAUAGAAAGAGGAAUCUAAUUCAUAUGGAAAACCUGGAAUUGUACAUUUUGAUGGAGCAAUUGCCCACCUGCCUGA